AUGGUAGCAGCAUAUUUGGGCAUUGUGUGGGUUGAGCCUCUUGGCAGCAGUGGAUGUAAAACAGAGUGGGACGAGAUUGGGUGUUGGUUGAGGGCAGACGCCGGGCAAGUUGUCAACUUAUCCUGCUCUGAGGUCUUCCAGCAUUUCUCCAGCAAUCAAGGGUAUGUUUACAGGAAUUGCACCGCAGAUGGCUGGUCUGAGAUGUAUCCAACUUAUGAAGACGCCUGUCAUUUCAGUGAUGACAGCGAGCCUGAGUCUGAGACUAGUUACCUCCGUGCGUUCCGGCAGGUCUACACUGUAGGGUAUGCCACCUCCCUCAUCUCCCUACUUACCGCCAUAGUGGUGUUUGCAGGCUUCAGGAAAUUUCGCUGCACCAGAAACUACAUCCACAUCAACUUGUUUUCCUCCUUCGUCCUGAGAGCCAGUGCUGUGUUCAUUAAGGAUGCGGUGUUGUUUGCGGAUGAAACUCUGGACCACUGCUCUAUGUCUACGGCUACGUGUAAGUCAGCCGUGGCUUUUUUCCAGUUCAGCAUCCUGGCCAAUUACUUUUGGUUGCUGGUGGAGGGCAUGUAUCUGCAGACCCUGUUGGCCCUCACUUUCGUUUCUCAGAGGAAAUACUUCUGGUGGUACAUUCUCAUCGGAUGGGGACUACCAUCAAUGGUCCUCAUACUUUGGGUUCUGACCAGGUUUUUCUAUGACGACAGAGGCUGCUGGGAUGACAAUGACAAUGUUGGCAUUUGGUGGAUCAUCAAAGGACCGAUUACAGCCUCGCUGCUGGUCAAUAUAGUCAUCUUCCUAAACGUUAUCCGGAUUCUGGUCCAAAAGCUUAAAUCAUCAGCCACGGCUGGAAACAGUGACACUAGCCAUUUCAUGAGGCUGGCUAAAUCCACCCUGUUCCUCAUUCCUCUGUUUGGGAUGCACUACACGGUAUUUGCCUUCCUGCCGGAGAACACUGGAGUGGCUGCUAGACUGUACAUCGAGCUGGGCCUGGGAUCCUUUCAGGGGUUUGUUGUGGCACUUCUCUACUGCUUCAUGAAUGGAGAGGUCCAGACAGAGCUCCGGAAAUGGCUUUGGAGGUGUUACAAUCCAAAUCAUCUCAAUCCAGCCAAGAGAAGCAUCACUCAGAUCACAAUUCGAACCCACGGAGGCUUGGGUUUGCCUCCGUCUAGUGCCAACGUCUCUGCUGUAUGAUUCUUGCUUUUUUUUGAAGGAGAAAACAAUUCCUGAAUGUGAAGAAACAAUAAAAGCAUGGAAUUCCUCUGCUGAACAUGGUGACGGCAUUAAUUAAACUACUGUUCUGUGAGAACCAAGAGAGCACAAGGAAAAUAGGUGCAGGAACUGCGUGACAUGUCUGAAUGCUUCAUAUUAGUUUCAGCAGAGGCUAGUCCAACACUCAGUCUAGAUCACAGGGUGCCCCCAUCACAUCGAUAGUGCCUAACUUCUCCAGAAAUGAUGGUGCCAUCGCAAAAACAGGAGACACCAAUGGCGACAGAGCUGGCCCUGAGUUGAGGAGGAGUUCAGAUGCUUGUGUUUACAGCUUAGACCUCAUAGGUGAUACAUUUUGAGAUGUGAACUGGGGUAAAUACUGAAAUGUAUGGAGGUAAAAUAUAUGGUAAUGCUGUAUAUGUUAUAUAUUUAACUCUGCUUGACAGUUGUUUUUUUUCAUUGAAGGCUGAAAUAUAACACUCACAUAGUGCAUGUGUAAGGAUAGCUCACAUUAGUAGACUUUGUUUUGAAAACUGCUUUGGAAGGAAUUUAAAGUUUUCUGACUGAACUUAUUAUGUUGCUUCUUGGUAUGUAAAAGAUGCUGCUUCAUUGAAAUGCACCGCCAUCUGUAGUUCAAGUGAAGGUUCUCUCGCAAAGCUAUGUCAAUUUGAAAGAGCACAACAUGGAAAAGCAUCGUGUUGUUUAAUAAUCUGAACGAUUACCAACUG